CACUCUCCUCCCUACACUCUCCUCCCUACACUCUCCUCCCUACACUCUCCUCCCUACACUCUCCUCACCAAGUACUACCCACGUACACCCUACACCUCCAUUUCUCAACAGUCAAAGACUCAUCUCAUCGGUAUACUGUCCUGAAUUUGCCUUCAAUCAACGUCGCUAUCCCACUGAGAUAUCGCCAGAAGCUCACCACGCAGACGUACCAGCAGAGUAAUCCACAAAGCCGCCAUGUCGAUCAACGAAGAGCUCAUCGACCUUGUCAAUGAGGUUGACGAGCUCGGAAAGGCUGUUCAUGCUCUGAGUCGGCGGGUGAAAUCUAUCGAAGAAACGGUAUUGAAAUUGGAUGACGACGACAACAACAGCACUACCCAGAGCGGCGACGGCGAGCAUCAGGAAGAAGCUGUUCACCCAGACAAGGACGCAGACACGACUAUCCCAGGAUCCGAAGGUCUUCCGCAGGAGAUUCUGGACUUAUUCAAGUUGGCGGAAGAUACCUCCUCAGUCGAGAUCGACAAGGCCGCUACUACGCCCCUAAUCCCACAGUCCCUACGCACUAGCAUUCCGUCGAAUCGCGGGGUGCUCGAGCAAUAUGCCCUUUGCGUGCGGGCGGAGGUCUUCAUCCAGUCGGCCAUCGACGAAGCGCGUCGUUACUUGUCCAGCCAGGGCCACGACCAACUCAUCGAGAGAAAGGAGCUAGUGCUUUCCGCCCUCAACCCCCGUCCUGGAUCUCGUCCAGAGCCGCGCGACUUCCAUGUUUUGCCCGUUUGCCAGGUGAUACUGGGCGGUGAUAUUCCCGGACCCAUGCUACUCGUCCUGGCAGGGACAGGGCCAGAGCCGAAAGAUAUGGAGUGGCUGUGUAACCUACUGGCGGACUUAGUCGCCAACAACGGUAUGCGCCAACGCGACCGCCCUGUGCAUGGGAUGUUGAUCACCAGGGAUUCCAUAUUCUUCCAUCGUGAGGUUGUCGACGGAACGUCAAGCCAUACAGCACAGUACGGCCAUGCCAACAAGGUGUUUUUGGCCGCGGUCUAUCGUCGUCUCGUCGAAGCUCUCGUCGAUUGCGCGCUGUAUGGCUGCUAG